AGACUCUCGAGAUCGUGGCAGUUGAUAGCGAUUGUUUAUUAAACAGCAGCAGACUGACGUACGCCUAGUCUCUGGUUGGUUGCCGCGUGGUCAGCACACACAAACAACAAGAAUAUAGUGCAAACAUGGCAUCAAAGCUGGACUCGGCGAGCCUAGAGAUGGGCGGACGCAUGAACGGAAACGGCAUCUCGGCCAAAUCUGCCCACGGCGGCGAGUGGCAGAAAAGCGCCGGAGCGCCCGACUUUAAACUCACCCUGCUCAGUUUGGUCGACGCCGUGUGUCAUGGGGUGGCGAUUUCGCUCGCAAUUUACCUUUUCUACGACUGUUUGCGCGAGUACCAGCUGCUUUCAUGGCACGCACCGCUUUUUACUCUGGCGUACAUGCUGUUUAUGACCGAGGGCUUCCUGAUCUUCCUGCCGCACAGUGCGCUCACCAGGGGCUGGAGCCGCAAGCAUCUGGUCAAGCUGCACUGGAUACUGCAGCUUAUCGGCUUCAUCUGCAUUGUUCUCGGCAUGAUCAUCAUCGUGGUUUACAAACUUUUGAACAACAAACGCCACUUUGCCAAACCGCAUUCCAUCACCGGACUAGUGGCGGUUAUUUUCGCCGUUGUGGUCAGUCUCUUCGGAUGGUGGACCAGGAUUAACAGGAAGUACCACUAUGGUUUCAAGUUAUCGACGCUGAAACUAUUCCACGCCGGUCUGGGAGUGGUGGCCUACGGCGUUGGGGUUGCGGCACAGGUGCUCGGCUACUACUCCAACUAUUACAUAAAGAAGCACGACGUCGACUGGCGAGUGUUCCUGUCUGUGAUCACGGCCCUCCUGGGCACGACCACCUUCCUCUUUGCCGUGGCUAGUCUUUACAAAAGACUGAGAACUUAUCUGCAUAAGUGAAAAACACACCGGCCGCAGGCAAACACAAACGUGAUUUCAGAUCUGCUUGUGGGGUAAUUUGAGAUUCGACGCCAACACUCAGAAUUCGAUUUACUUCGCAAAAUUGUAAUUUAAUGUAAAUUUUUAAUAUGGAAAAAUGUGUGAAUUAAAAAUUGAUAAACGUGACUUUCAAUUAUUUAAAUAACAAAAUUGUAAUUUAACUUAUAUUUCCGCGAGAAUUGUGCGAAAUGAAUGAUUUAAAUAACAAUUGAAGCGAUUUCUCUUCAAAUGACUGCAGUUCAGAUGUGAGAAACGUGGGCGUCGGAAUUAUUUGCCGACACGUACCAGCCCAUAAAGUUCAAAGGGCCUCUUCUUUAUUACGCCCCAUUCAGCUCCUUGUCGUUGGUCUCUGGUGCAGGUAUUUCCUUUGAACGAACCGAGCGAGUGCUUUGAUAAAGUACAUUAUUUCUGCGCUUGCGGUCGGAGGCUGCAAAAAUGUGUUUCGCCGUCAGCACCUUCAUUGUCAUCGUGCCCUUGCCAAUGACACUUCGCCCUCCUCCGACUUACGCGCCGGUGACGGAAUUUCCAUCAAGAAGUUUGCUCGCAGCUCUUCUCAUAAAAAGAAAAGUGAAACUUCCAAUCGUUUUUUUUUUUGUGGGGAAUUU